UCAGCUUUUAUAUAUAUUACAAUAUAAUUCUGACAACAAAAUAAAAAAAUACACAACCAAACCGGCAGAAAAUUUUCUUUAAUUUUUCUAUUUAUUCACAAAAAGUGUUGACAGCCUACAAUAUGAUUACUGAUGUGCAAUUAGCCAUAUUCUCCAAUGUUUUGGGGGUGUUUUUAUUUCUACUAGUGGUUUUAUAUCACUACAUUAAUGCUAACUCCAGCAUCAAAAUUAGCUCUAAAAAUAAGUAAAAACCCAUAAUUUUAAUGUUCUAUGUAUAUUCAAUAAAUAAUUUUUAAAAUUCAAUAAAAAAAA